AUGUCGAGCCCUAUCAAGAAGACUGGGGGUUACGUAUUCAAGUCAUGGCUUGAUGCCACUUCUCUUAUCGAUGAGAAAUUCUAUGGACCUCUGCCAGAUGUGGUCUCUACGCAGGGCCGCUACCUCAAGCCUCAGCCGAACACUCCCGUACUUGAACGAAAACACGACCCUCAGUUUACCCAGAAACUUCAGUUUAUACUGGACGGCCUGUUCUACCGCCAAUACCUACGGCGUGGUAAAUAUGGGGAUGAAGUUGCCGAGGAAUGGCCGCCGGGCCACACCCCAACCGAGAUAAGGGAGCAGUGGAAGGCUGAGCAAGAGGAGGAUGAGAGGAGAGUACAGGCACUUCUUGAAAUACCUACGCCCCCGACACCCGAGGAUGUGAGGCUCGAGGAGGCACGUUUAACUGCUGAGAGAAGGGAAUCACACGUAGCUCGGGAAGCGCACAAAGCUAUGAAGAAGCGGAAACGAGAUGAAGCCUUGUCUUCAUCUGGAGAUGGGGACGCGUCUACCUCCGUGUUGCCUCCAAAACGGCCCAAACAUACAUCUCUUGCAUCACCGGAAACCGAGAGCACGAAGACACCCUCGCCCAAGCUACCGGUAGACAUCACCUGA